AUGUUCACUUCUUCUUUUUCUCCCCACAUUCACAGAUUCAGGGAAUUUGUUACUUUGGUCCCCGCUAGAAAAGCUUCCAGAUCAGCUGCCACUGUAACUAGAGCCUCGUUGACUUCUGGAGAUGGCUACAUUCGCCAACAGCUUCGACAGCCCAAGCUAACUUCCACAAAGAGUAGUAAUGGUUUCUUCUCCAGCACUAACAAUGACCUUGAUUCGUACAAUCACCAUGAUCUCGAUCUUCCUACUCAUGGGUUCAAUUCCAUCGAGGAGGCCGUGGAGGACAUCCGCCAGGGCAAGAUGGUAAUUGUGGUGGAUGAUGAAGGGAGGGAGAACGAAGGAGACCUAAUAAUGGCGGCAUCAAAGGCCACCCCUGAAGCUCUGGCUUUCAUCGUCAAGCACGGCACUGGGAUCGUCUGCGUCAGCAUGAAGGAAGACGAUCUGGAGAGGCUGGAAUUGCCAUUGAUGGUACCACCAAAGCUCAACAAGGAAAUCCUCUGCACCUCAUUCACCAUCACAGUGGAUGCCAAACAUGGAACGACAACGGGUGUAUCAGCUGAAGACAGGGCAACCACGAUCCUGGCACUUGCCUCGGAGAAGUCGACGCCUGAAGACUUCAAUCGGCCAGGUCACAUCUUCCCGCUCAAGUAUACCAAGAGAGGGGUGCUAGCUAGACCGGGCCACACGGAGGCUUCUGCUGAUCUGGCAAUCCUAGCUGGACUCGAACCUGUGGCGGUGCUGAGUGAGAUUGUGGAUGAUGAUGGCUCCAUGGCCAGAUUGCCGAGGUUGAAAGAGUUUGCCAAAGAACAUGACUUGAAGAUUGUUUCCAUCAUUGAUAUGAUCAGAUAUUUGAAGAAAAGAGAAGAAACUGUGAAGCUGAGUGCGGCUGCAAGGAUGCCCACCACAAUGGGGAACUUCAAAAUACAUUGCUACGAGUCACUAUUGGAUGGGGUUGAGCACAUUGCUAUGGUGAAAGGUGAAAUUGGAGACGGGGAAAAUGUGCUAGUAAGGAUACAGCCCGAGUGCCUUGCUGGCGACAUAUUUGGGUCUGCAAUAUGCGGGUGUGGAAGUCAUCUUGAGCAUGCCAUGAGGCAAAUUGAGGAAGCCGAGCAAGGAGUAUUGGUGUACCUCCGCGGCGACAAAGGAAAAGAGAAUAGCUUGGGGUUCAAGUUUCCUGCUAACUAUGAUAUCCAAAAACACGGAGGAGACAACAUCGGCGAUAACGAGUACGCCAUCGUGGCACAGAUACUCAAGGAUUUGGGGGUUAACACAAUCAAGCUGAUAUCAAACAAGGCUGCAAAUGACCAUAAGGGGCUUGAAGAGUAUGGCUUCUCCAUUGCUGAAACGGUGCCGUUGGUGACUCCAAUCGACAAGUACAGCGAGAGUUACAUGGAAGCAAAACUGAAAAAGCUGGGACUCACUGUAGUUUGAUGAAGGUCGAGGAGGAUAAAAGGAGUUAUUAUGCCUAUAAUGGGCUGGGCUGGGCUGGGCUGAUUUACUAUUAUGUUGCUGUUUUGGUCUACUCUUGGUGGGCCAUUUUUCGAGUUUGUUUUGGCAAAUAAGUUAUCUUCUCACUG